UUUAUUAGCCCCAUAGAAGCAACAUAUUUUGUCUGACUGGUGCUCUUUAAAUCAAAACAAGUUUUAUUAAUCAGAUGCUUAUUUAAGUCUUCAAACGAAUAAACUCCUAUUGUGUAAAACUUACGUAUGUAGAUGAUAAUAAAGUAAAACAAAAGUCGCAUUUAAGCGACAGCUGAAAGUAAAAAGUAAAAUAAUUAAAAUACAAAUGGAGUUACAUCAACACACAUCAAAAUUGUUUGUCUGCUCUGCCGUUGAUUGUAAAGAUGAAAUCGAAGAGAAAUUUGAACGCUCGUUUAUCAAUCUGCAAAUGCAAAUUGUUGGACUUUGUGAUAAGGAGAUGCACGAUCUAUUGUCUCAAGUUGUGUGCAAAGACAAACAGUAUGAAGAGAUUUCAAUAGGAUUUCUCUACAUAAUGCUUACCGACCCUACUAUGGCCCCCAAAACCUAUCGCGACGUAACGCUCGUAUCUAGGGACGGGAUGAAUGCAAUUGUUUCAAACCUAACUUUGCUUGUUGCCGAGAAAUAUACUAAGCUGACGGAGAUAGCACGAAGACAAUUGAUUUGGGUGUUACGGGAAUUUGUAAAGCACCAGGUCCUUAAUGUCGAAAAUGUUAUAUGGAACUGCCUUCGACAGGCUGGUGGAGGAGAUGCGUCACAAAAAAACCUUUACCUUGUCGAGAAUCUUUUGGACAUAUUUAUCGAAUUUAGAACGUGGUUGGAAGGAAAUCCAUUCUUGGUUCAGUCUACAGUUUAUAGCUACGUGCGCCUAAUAGAAGACCAUGCCAACCCUGCUCUAAUGCCGCUCCGACAAAAAGAAGUAAAGUUUACGAUAUCGUUGAUCCGAGAAAGGUUCCAUGAUAUAAUACCACUUGGAAGGGAUUUUGUACGACUUCUACAGAACGUAGCUCGCAUUCCUGAAUUUGAAAAACUUUGGCGUGAUAUUCUUUACAAUCCAAAAACUUUACAUCCAACCUUUAAUGGAAUUUGGCACCUUCUCCAAAUUCGGACAAGUCGAAGGUUUCUGCAAUGCCGUCUACUGCCAGAGAUGGAACGAAAGAUAAGCUUUAUAGCAUCGUCUGUAAAAUUUGGAUAUCAGAAGAGAUAUCAAGAUUGGUUUCAAGACAAAUAUUUUGCAACACCUGAGUCUCACAGCCUGCGCUCAGAUCUAAUUCGUUUUAUUAUCAAUGUAAUCCAUCCAACUAACGAUAUGUUGUGUUCAGAUAUUAUUCCGCGAUGGGCUAUUAUAGGCUGGCUCAUUUCAUCAUGCACGAAUCCAAUUGCUUCAGCCAAUGCAAAACUGUCAUUAUUUUAUGAUUGGUUAUUUUUCGAUCCCGCUAAAGAUAAUAUUAUGAACAUAGAGCCUGGAAUUCUAGUAAUGUAUCACUCUAUAAGAAAUCAUCCUUUUGUUAGUAGCACGCUUUUGGAUUUUCUUUGUCGAAUCACAAAAAACUUUUAUGUAAAAAAUGAAGAUAAAAUUCGAAUGGGCGUUUAUAACUCAUUAAAAUUGAUUUUGGAAAAACAGGUAAUACCAAAUCUACAACCACUUUUUGAAUCACAAAAACUUGACAGAGAAUUGCGUAAUUUAAUACGGGAAAACUUUAGAGAGUUUUUAUCAUCGGGUAUUAGUCCCAGCCAAAGCAUGUUUCCUUCAGUACAUGCACUUCAAGCUUACAAUUUUAAAAAGGAGAUUGAUCAGCGAGUUUUACAUGGUGAAAACGUUGAUUUUCAUGGAAUCGGUCAUGGAACAGUCAUAUCGUUAGUUGAUGAAAACAACAAAUUACCACUUAUACCAACGGAUCAAGAAAUAGAAAGUAUUUUUACCGAUGGACCUGUUGAAAAAUUGAUAAAAAUUCAUAAAAUUGAGGAGAAUACUGAUGACGACGAUGACUUGCCUUUGUCAAAGGUAAGACUAAAAGAAAAACCAAAGGUGGAACUUGCAGAAGCAAUUGCCGAGUCAUUUGAUGCAUUUACUACAAAGCGUAACUCAUAUACAUGGGAGGCAUUUUUAAAAGAUUUUCGAUCUGUACCUUCCACGGCCUUUGAUGAGUUACAGCUAAGUUUUGUUAUAUCAAAUACUGUUUUAAUUCUACGCGAAACAUUACCGCAAGAGAAUAUCUUUUCGGAAAGUAAGACCGAAGAAAAGUUUUUAGCGAAGAGUAUUAGUUAUCCCUUGUUUGGUUUAUUUCGAUUUCUUUAUGAAAACGACGAAAAAAGCAAAAAGCCUUUUCAAUCUCUAUUGUCAGAAAUUUGUGAACGCAUACCAGAAAUUGGAUACUUGCUUUUGUACUUUAUGAAAAUUCAUUGUAAACUUCAGACACGUAAAAAUUCUCAGCUAUCAUAUCAGUUCAAAACAACUAUUUAUCGUCAAAUAUGCGAUGCAAAAGAUGAUAAAGUUGCCAAUUGCCUGGUGCGAGAUCUUGAUAUGCUUGAGAAGGAAAACACAGCCGUUUACUUGUGGCUCCUCCCUGAUAUAUAUAGAGAAUUCAAGUCGAUAGCCAUCAAUAAUACUGAAAUUUUGCGAAUAACAUUGCGCUGCAUAGAUGCAAAAAAUGUGCGUGACUUAAUAUACUCAGUCGCUCAAGGAAAACUUACAAUAUUUAAACAAGAUGGACUCGAUGAUUGCAUUAGAGAAAGUCUUGAUUUUGAGACAUAUGAACAGUUUUGUUUAUGGCAAAUUGUUCAAGCUCACGACGUGCCGCUAAAGAGUAUACAGGGUCUAUUGCCAGAAUUGGAAGCUGGAAGUCACUCAGAAGCAUUGAGCCAUUUUCUCUUAUUGUUAAAAAAUGAAGAACCAACGAAUGAAAUAAUUCGAUUAAUGCUCAGCAGGGAAAUCAAGUCUAGAGGUGAUCCCUUUGUAACCUCUGCUUUAAGAUUUUGGUGCCAACGGUAUGAGGAAAAGCUGUCUGAAAUAAUUGCAUCUCUGCUUACAUCAAAAUAUCCAAGUUUAUCUCCCAACAAAAGAAAACGACCCUCUAAGGGGAAUUCCGUCUCGGGUAGUACUCCUUCGGCUGAUCAAAUAUUAAACCACCUAGAGCAUUACAGAAGAAGUUGCAGACAUGGUACAGGUACUGGUCUUUACGUGCAUGAUAUGAUGCAGAGGGCAUUACAAUCAGCGUACUCUCACAGUAAUGAGAACACAAAGAAACAAUUUAGCGAUUUGUUUGCACUGGCAGCGGAAGAUGAUACCACAGCAGUUGGCAGACGCGGAGGAAGUGGUCGUGGCCGUAAGCAACCAGUCAGUAAAAAAGAAAUCAAUAAUCAUAGCACAAGUAAAAAAAAUUCGGAACUUGUUAAAACAAUAUAUUCAUCCGAUGAAAAUUCCAGCGAGGAGGACUGGUCAAAAUCCAAAAUUACACCAGCGGCAAAGAGAAGGAAAAAAGCUAAUAAUGAUUCUGACUGACUGACGAUAUCAAUAUCUACAAACUGGUUGUAACGAAGAGAAAAUUAAAAACAGAUUAGUUUUUCUAAAAUAAAAACAAUUUAAAAAAAUGUUUAAUGUUAAUAGAAUACAAAUGCAAUGAACUUUU